UGUUUUCUAUGUCAAAAAAGCAAUUUUCAUUUAGGAUUACUUCUCACACAUAACAUAUUUUUGUACGAAGAAGAACAGUAACAUAAGUUUUUGUUCCAAAUCUGUGUCUUCUCCGAACGACGACAACAAACACGUUACUUCUCACUCGAUAAAACCGUUGGUGGUAUUGAAAAGAAAACAAUGGUUGAUAAGUAUAAUGUUGAAUCCGCUGAAAAGUUGGCUAAUGAAGCUCAGGCUUUGUCUAUUGCAGAAGCCACACCAAUAUACGAGCAGCUUCUGCAGUUAUAUCCAACAGCUGCCAAGUUUUGGAAGCAGUAUGUGGAGGCACACAUGGCUGUAAAUAAUGAUGAUGCUAUCAAACAGAUUUUUAGCCGCUGUUUGUUGAAUUGUCUUCAGGUUCCUCUCUGGCGGUGUUAUAUUCGUUUCAUUAGAAAGGUUAAUGAUAAGAAGGGGGCAGAGGGUCAAGAAGAGACAAAAAAAGCUUUUGAAUUUAUGCUCAGCUAUGUUGGAUCAGACAUAGCAUCAGGCCCUGUGUGGAUGGAGUACAUAGCCUUUCUAAAGUCAUUGCCGGCUGCACACCCUCAAGAAGAAACACAUCGGAUGACUGUUGUGAGGAAAGUCUAUCAGAGGGCUAUUAUUACUCCUACUCAUCACAUUGAACAACUUUGGAAAGACUAUGAUAGUUUUGAAAGUUCUGUUAGCCAGAAGCUGGCUAAAGGACUGAUAUCCGAAUAUCAACCAAAAUAUAAUUCUGCGAGGGCAGUAUACAGAGAACGGAAGAAGUUUUUCGAUGAAAUUGAUUGGAAUAUGCUUGCUGUACCACCAACUGGAUCCCACAAGGAAGAAAUGCAGUGGAUGUCAUGGAAGAAACUUCUAUCUUUUGAAAAAGGAAAUCCACAGAGAAUAGACAUUGCUUCCUCCAACAAACGAGUUAUAUUUACUUAUGAGCAGUGUCUGAUGUAUUUGUACCAUUAUCCUGAUGUAUGGUAUGACUAUGCUACAUGGCAUGCUAAAGCUGGUUCGAUAGAUGCUGCAAUCAAAGUAUUUCAAAGGUCUCUAAAGGCUCUUCCUGAUUCAGAAAUGCUGCGAUAUGCUUAUGCAGAGCUAGAGGAAUCCCGUGGAGCAAUUCAGGCUGCAAAGAAAAUAUAUGAAAACCUUUUGGGAGACAGUGAGAAUGCAACUGCACUUGCACAUAUUCAAUUCAUUCGUUUUCUAAGAAGAACCGAAGGUGUUGAACCAGCUAGGAAGUACUUUCUGGAUGCUCGCAAAUCCCCGUCGUGUACAUAUCAUGUUUAUGUGGCUUACGCGUCAGUGGCCUUUUGUCUUGACAAAGAUCCCAAGAUGGCUCAUAAUGUUUUCGAAGCAGGAUUAAAACACUUUAUGCACGAGCCCGUUUAUAUUCUUGAAUAUGCUGAUUUCUUGAUACGUUUGAACGAUGAUCAAAAUAUACGUGCUUUAUUUGAGAGGGCAUUGAGUUCACUUCCUCUAGAGGAUUCAGUUGAGGUUUGGAAAAGGUUCGUUAAAUUUGAGCAAACUUAUGGGGAUCUUGCUAGCAUGCUUAAGGUUGAGCAAAGAAGGAAAGAGGCAUUUGGUGAAGAAGCAACAGCAGCAUCGGAGAGUUCUCUGCAAGAUGUUGUAUCACGAUAUAGCUUCAUGGAUCUAUGGCCGUGCUCUUCGAAUGAUCUUGAUAAUUUAUCCCGGCAAGAGUGGCUUGUCAAAAAUACGAAGAAAGUGGAGAAGUCUAUUAUGCUUAAUGGAACAACUUUUAUAGAUAAGGGACCUGUUGCAAGUAUUUCAACUACAUCUUCAAAGGUUGUUUAUCCUGAUACUUCAAAGAUGUUGAUAUAUGAUCCAAAGCAUAAUCCAGGGACAGGUGCUGCUGGAACAAAUGCAUUUGAUGAAAUUCUGAAAGCUACACCACCUGCUUUGGUUGCAUUUUUAGCAAACCUACCUUCAGUUGACGGUCCAACGCCAAACGUGGAUAUCGUGCUAUCAAUUUGUUUGCAGAGCGACCUUCCAACAGGACAAAGUGUUAAAGUUGGAAUACCAUCACAAUUACCGGCAGGUCCUGCUCCUGCUACAAGUGAACUUUCUGGUUCAAGCAAGUCUCACCCUGUUCAAAGUGGCUUAUCUCACAUGCAACCCGGUAGAAAGCAAUAUGGGAAAAGGAAACAGUUAGACAGCCAAGAGGAAGAUGAUACUAAAUCUGUCCAAAGCCAACCACUUCCUCAAGACGCUUUCCGGAUACGACAGUUCCAGAAAGCUCGAGCCGGCAGCACUUCACAAACAGGAUCAGUUUCAUAUGGAAGUGCACUUUCUGGCGAUUUAUCCGGCAGCACCGGUUGAUAUAACAUUCUACAACACUUCCCUAUGUAAAUCAAAAGACCUUCCUCGAGCUUAUAGAUAAUUUAAGUGCUUCAUUUGCAAGUAGCAGAGAAAUAGAUUAGUGUCUGUAGCUCCAAUCUAUGAUGUAGUAUUGUAGUUAAAUUAAAUGAAACCUCACUAAGCUUAAUUUCAUCUAUAAAUAACAACUUUCUCUUAGUAACUUUUUCUGUUGUAUCAUAUAAUUAUUUGAGAGAUAUGAGAAUGAUUUGAUUCUGU